UCCUUCUCUCACUCCCCUACCUCUGUUAUGCUCUGUCUCUGCUUCUCUCAGAUAGAAAAGAGAGGGAAGCAUUGUGUGGCGGUGGUAGUUGUAGUAAGGUACCUUUUCUUCUGAGAGAGGUGGCCUUCAUCUUCUCCCUUCUGCAAUUUCUUCCCUUUUGUUUUUGUCUCAGGUAGCACCGACCCCAUUAUCAAAUCCAAAAUGGUCGAAGCCGAACCCAAAUUCUUCAUGCCGGACUCAGUCCGCAGUGUCAGUUACGACAUCGCCGGACAGAUUAAGCUCAUAUGGGAAGUGGUCAAAACGCCAUUGAUUGUGCCACUUCUGAACCUUGGAGUCUACAUUUGCUUGACAAUGUCUCUUAUGCUCUUCAUUGAGAGGCUGUAUAUGGGAGUCGUCAUCAUCCUUGUCAAGCUCUUCUGGAAAAAACCAGAACAGCGCUACAGAUACGAGCCAAUCCAAGACGACGUUGAAUUGGGGUCCUCCAAUUUCCCCGUCGUUCUUGUCCAAAUCCCAAUGUUCAAUGAAAGAGAGGUUUACAAGGUCUCCAUUGGAGCAGCCUGCGGACUUUCAUGGCCUUCUGACCGCCUGGUGAUCCAAGUCCUCGAUGAUUCUACUGACCCUGCUAUCAAGCAACUGGUGGAGCAAGAGUGCCUGAGAUGGGCGAGCAAAGGAAUAAACAUAACGUAUCAAAUCAGAGAGAACAGAACGGGAUACAAAGCCGGUGCGCUGAAAGAAGGGCUGAAGCGAAGCUACGUGAAACACUGCGAGUACGUGGCCAUUUUCGACGCCGACUUCCGGCCGGAGCCGGAAUUUCUCCGGCGAGCCAUUCCCUUCUUGGAUGGCAACCCCGACCUGGCUUUGGUUCAAGCACGCUGGAGAUUCGUGAAUGCGGAUGAAUGUGUAUUAACAAGAAUGCAAGAGAUGUCUCUGGAUUACCAUUUCACAGUGGAGCAAGAAGUCGGGUCAGCUACUCAUGCCUUCUUUGGUUUCAAUGGCACCGCAGGUGUUUGGAGAAUUGCUGCUAUCAAUGAAGCAGGAGGUUGGAAAGACAGAACAACUGUGGAAGACAUGGAUCUUGCUAUUCGUGCUAGCCUUAGAGGUUGGAAGUUUCUAUACCUUGGUGACCUUCAGGCAAAAAGUGAGCUUCCCAGUACUUUAAGGGCCUUCCGUUUUCAGCAACAUCGAUGGUCUUGUGGUCCUGCUAAUCUGUUCCGCAAAAUGGUGAUGGAGAUUGUGAGGAACAAGAAAGUGAAGUUUUGGAAGAAGGUGUAUGUGAUAUAUAGCUUCUUCUUUGUACGUAAAAUCAUAGCCCAUAUGGUGACCUUCUUCUUCUAUUGUGUGGUGCUUCCCCUCACAAUUUUGGUCCCUGAGGUUCAUGUUCCAAUAUGGGGAGCUGUUUACAUUCCUUCCAUCAUCACCAUCCUCAACUCAGUCGGAACUCCAAGGUCUAUUCACUUAUUAUUCUACUGGAUCCUCUUUGAGAAUGUCAUGUCUCUGCAUCGUACCAAGGCAACUUUUAUAGGUCUGCUUGAGGCUGGAAGAGCUAAUGAGUGGGUUGUCACUGCAAAACUUGGAGACUCCGUGAAUAAUAAGAACAAAGCAGAUGCUGCUAAGAACAAGACAAAUGUCACCAAACCCAUUAAAAAACCUCGACUCAAAUUUGCUGAAAGGUUUAAUUUACUGGAGCUGGGGUUUGCAGCCUUCCUCUUCCUUUGUGGAUGCUAUGAUUUUGUGCAUGGAAAGAACAACUAUUUUGUAUACCUCUUCCUUCAGACCAUAACCUUUUCCAUCGUAGGAUUUGGUUAUGUUGGCACCAUUGUGUGAAGCUCUUUAUCAGAGUCACCAGAGAAAGUUUGUAUCCUACAUGUGAUGAAUCUACAAAUUAAAAUGCAUAUAGAGGUUAUUUCUUUUAGAAACAAACAUAUGUACCAAACCAUGAAUUAAUUUUUGGCAGGAAAAGUUCUUCCCCAUAAUCACAAGAUAUCAGAGCCAAUAAGAUUUUCAGAAAUCACAGGCAAAUACAGCUGUUAGUGUUUACCAAAAGCAUUACAUAGACCUGAGGCAAGAAAGGCGACCUUUCAGGAAGUGCUUCAUUAGAAUUUAUAGUUAAUUAGAUAUUGUUCUGUGAGAAUUUGUAGUUAUUUAGUGACUCCCCUGUAUCAGCAUUGGUUUGGUCAGUUAGAGCCCAUAGAUCUAUUGGAUAAAGUAGGCGAACUUGAAGUUAAUUAUAUCAAGCUUUGAUUUGGUUGUCUAUACCAUUUGAUUAUUGUUAUUA